UCUCCAGAGAGCAUGCUCCAGUCUGCAUUCGCCGACAAGCCGUGUUGCCCCCAGGCGAGAACCCGCCGCUCAUACUUCUGCAACUUUCCCGAAGUCUUCAGAGAAUCCGAUUCGUCAAUCAGACUACUCUUACGAAAAUGAGGGGCAGACUCGGAGCAGGCAAGGCGAGCUCCACAACCACGUCAGGUCAGCAAACCUUGACCGUGACCGACGACAACUCAUAUUGGGACAGUGGACAGUGUCCAUCAUCGGGACUCCAGAGCUCCUCAUCGGAUACACCGAGAGAUGGAACAGAGAACGGAUUGCCACAAUCGAGCGCCGAUAAUCAGACGCCGACGGAUGACUCGGACGAUUGGGCUCCACCACCGUCAGAUUCCGAUGCAUUUUCGGAGCCGCAAUCCAAUGGAGACUUCUUCGACACAACGAACCAGGGGAACAGCUACGAAAAUUCAGUCUCUGGCAGAGGAUGCAUUCAUUGCAAGGGACCGCAUCCACCGAGCGAAUGCCCUUCGCGCCCGAAAUCGGGAAAUUGCUUCUGCUGCCGCGAGUCCGGGCACAUGGUCAACGAAUGCCCUUCUCGAAACGGUCAAAGACAGAGACCUGACAGCAGACAGUGCCACAAGUGCGGAAGAACAGGACAUAUCGCGGAGUAUUGCUCCCAAAGCGCCUCGGAACGCUCAUCCGGAAAUUGUGCGAAUUGUGGCGGCAGAGGUCAUUCCGCCAUGCAGUGUCCCUCGCCCGCGCUUACGGCUGGACGAGGGGACGGCUUCCAUUAUGAGAACGGCUCAUCUGGGGAGGCACAAGGCGGUUUUCAAUCGGCACGAGCUGGAAACCAAGCGCCGGUCGACGCAGUUUGUCGCUCUUGCCAAGAAACGGGACAUUUCUUCCACAACUGCCCCAAAAGGGUGGGUGCAAAGGAUGAAGCCCCCAGCACCGGACCGUAUUGCCCCGUCAUCGAAACUACAGAAGAAGAAGCAGUGAACCGGAAUAAGACCGGGAUUAACUUCGAUCAAUACGAUAAAAUUGAUGUCACCGUUUCGAAUUCGCGAGGGCAAGAAACCAAGGAAUACGAGACGAAGAAAUUGGAUCGAUUCCAAGACGGCAACCUUGACGCGCGCCUGAUCGAGAUGAUCGAAAGAUUGGGCUUCGAAAAACCCACGCCGGUCCAGAGAUAUUCGCUCCCUAUACUUGCCGACGGCAAGGACCUGAUGGCAUGCGCGCAGACGGGAUCGGGCAAGACUGCCGCUUUCGUAUUGCCGAUGGUUAACAUGUUAAUUCGGCAGAAUUGCUCCUUCGAACGGAACACGCGGCCGCAGAAGCCAUUCGCUCUGGUCCUUACACCAACAAGAGAGCUAACAGUUCAGAUCACGAAAGACGCUCAAGCGUAUUGCGUCAGGACGGACAUCGCCGUCAAGGAAUGUUACGGUGGCACGGGGCGAAUGACUCAAGCGAAGAACAUCGCCAGGGGCUGUCAUUUGCUAGUGGGCACGACCGGGAGAGUCCUCGACUUCCUGAACGAUGGUAUCAUCUGUUUGUCUAGACUGCGUUAUCUCGUCCUAGACGAAGCCGAUCGAAUGCUCGAUUUCGGUUUCCAGAACGCUGUCGAUGAGAUCAUGCAACAUCCAAGCCGGAAUCGAAAUAGCACGAUCCAAACGCUGAUGUUCUCGGCGACUUUCUCGACGUCAGUGCAAGACUUGGCACGCAAAUACCUGAGAGAGGACUUUGUCAAACUGGAUGUCGGAGUCGUCGGAGCGGUCAACUCCGACGUUUCUCAGAGUGUCCUGGAAGUGCCUAAAGCUGAAAAGAAGCUUCGUCUCCUUGAUUUAAUUCGAGAGGAAAUUGAUCGAGAUGCGAAAACUAGAAUCCUCGUCUUCGUCGAGACGAAGCGAGAUUGUGAUUUCAUCGCCAUGUUCCUCAGCUCAUCGAAAAUCAAAGCGACCUCAAUACACGGCGAUCGCCUUCAAGAUCAGCGGGAGAAAGCUUUGAAGGAUUUCCAAGAGGGGGACUGCCCUGUAUUAGUGGCGACAUCUGUGGCUGCUCGUGGCCUAGAUAUAUCUGGCGUAAGCCACGUGAUCAAUUACGAUUUGCCGACAGAAAUUGAUGAAUACGUCCAUCGAGUCGGCCGAACCGGACGGGUAGGCAACAAAGGUCGUGCAACGUCCUUUUUCGACAGCUUCCGAGACAACGCAAUUAGAGAUGAUCUUAGACGGUCGAUCCUGGACGGGGGAAGUGAACCUCCGGACUUUUUAUAGUUUCUCACUCGGUCUCGCUGGCGCUCCAAGUCACGAAAGGUACGCUGCACACUUCCUAUUUUGCAUUCCCUCGGAGUCUCGAAGCUGCGACCGGUAGGAAGUUCUGUUCCACGGAGGAAUGAGAUUCUUAUGCGCUAGGCUGUUCUCGUGACGCUUAUGUCAUCAUGAUAUCAAAAGGCGAUCGUUUGAGUGAAAUGCAUACCUCUGGGGAGAGCUUUCUCGGGGCCGUUGGGGACUCCGUUAUCUCGGAAGCUUCAUCUCCAAGUUUUAUCGCGCGUUCCCGAAAGGAGUUCACUGGAUCAAUAAAAGAAUUUUUGG